AAAGCAGAAGCGCGACGGAUGUGGGUAGCAUCUCAACAAAUAGUGAGAGCCGGCGCACCAAGGGUGCAGCUAAAUCUGAAAGGCCCAUUGAGCCUAAACUAUGAACCCCGAGGAGCAGACUGUUACGUGGCUAAUAACAUUAGGCGUGCUCAAUUCACCCAAAAAGAAUAUCGCUGAUCCUGAGGAAUUUCUAAAAACAUCUCUCAGAGAUGGGGUCGUCCUGUGUAAGCUUAUGGAGCGACUGCUGCCUGGAGCCAUCUUAAAGUAUUCAAUUGAACCCAGAUGCGAAGCGGCCUGCAUUGCAAACAUUCGGGAGUUUCUAAAAGGAUGCCAGUCUCUAAAGGUUGAGGGCUUUGAUCCAGAGAGCUUAUAUACUGGGGAAAACUUCAACAAGGUUCUGUCAACACUCUCAGCAAUAAACAUCGCCACUCAAGAUUGUACCCCUAAUAGAUCAUGUCCACAGUCUAGUGCAUCUCCUACUAGCCUGUCAACCCCUUCACAAGCUGUUCCCGCCUUGAAGUCCAGCAGGUCCUUACGGAGGCAGUCAAAAGCAGUGGAAAUGUCGGAGAAUGGAGGCGGUGGGCAGCUGAUGGUAAAGGCCCGCUUCAAUUUCAAGCAGAACAAUGAGGACGAGCUGUCUUUCAGCAAGGGCGAGCUGAUCCAUGUCACACGCCAGGAGGAAGGUGGAUGGUGGGAGGGAAACCUUAAUGGCAAAACCGGCUGGUUCCCUAGCAACUAUGUCCGAGAGGUCAAGCCAUGUGAGAAACCAAUAUCUCCGAAAUCGAUAAAAGGAUUUGACGUUCCUCAGCUGACAAAAAAUUAUUACAAUGUGGUGGUGCAAGACAUCUUAGAGCAUGAGAGAGAGUUUGUCAAAGAACUGCAGGCGGUACUUGGCUGCUACCUGCGCCCUCUACAGGCCAGCGACAAGCUCUCUAGUGCGGACAGCUCCAGUCUAAAUGGGAAUUUAGAGGACGUCCUCUCUUUCCAACUUGGACUGUGUCUUGCCUUAGAGGAGUGCUCCAAGAUGCCAGACGGCCAGCAGCGGAUUGGUGGCUGUUACCUGAACCUGAUGUGUCAGAUCAGAACACUGUACUUGUCCUACUGCUCCAGCCAUCCCUCUGCAGUGUGUGUGCUGACUGAUCACAGUGAGGAGCUGGACAAGUUCAUGGAGAGUCAGGGUGCCAGUGCUCCUGGUAUUCUGACCCUGACCACCAGCCUGAGCAAACCCUUCAUGAGGCUCGACAAGUAUCCCACCCUCCUGCAGGAACUUGAGCGACAUGUGGAGGAAGCGCAUCCAGAUUACAGUGACAUUCUCAAAGCAACAGUUGCUUUUAAAAAUCUUGUGACUCAGUGUCAAGAUCUGCGAAAAAGAAAGAACCUAGAGUUGCAGAUCUUGUCAGAGCCGGUACGGGGCUGGGAGGGGGACAGCAUGAAGUCACUGGGUCAGGUGGUCUACAUGUCACAGGUCCACAUGCAGAGCAGCUCAAAUGAGGAAAAAGAAGAGAAAUACUUCAUGCUGUUUCCUAAUGUGUUAGUCAUGCUGUCUGCCAGCCCAAGAAUGAGUGGUUUCAUUUACCAGGGACGUCUGCCACUAGCAGGAACCACUGUAACCAAACACAUAGAAGAUGCAGACACAGGCCAUUAUGCCUUUGAGAUCACAGGAGGGACAAUAGAUCGCACCAUGGUGUUCUGUAGUAGUUUACAGGAGCAGCUGGAGUGGUUAGAACAUCUUCAUGCUUACGCCAAGGAAGGAAGUCCAGUUGGAACAAUGUUGAAGAGUGUUGAGGGUAAGCCUCUAACCAUGACUGGUACUUUGUCCCACCACUUGCACGGUUUCGGUACUCCUGUGGCUAACCGAGGCCCUCUCGAACCCCCCAAGGUCACCAAGCCCUGGUCCUUAAGCUGCCUGAGGCCAGCGCCACCCCUCAAGCCCUCCGCUGCCCUAGGCUAUAAAGAGGAAACCGAUGCAUACAAAGCAACUCUUACUAGGAUGUCUUAUAUCCUGAAGGACUCUAGUAAAAGCCCCAGACCAAUCAAGAAGUUCCUCCCAAAGAGAAAAACGGAGAGAAAACCAUCAGAUGAUGAGUUGCUGAUUAGAAAAAGCACAGUAGCUCUAGAGGAGGAUGCCCAGAUCCUUAAAGUGAUUGAGGCCUAUUGCACCGGAGCCAGUCUCCACCAAUCCACCACAGCUGUGCGUAAGGAGUGCAUCCCCCAGGUCCUGCUUCCAGAAGAAGAGAAGAUCAUUGUUGAGGAGAUCAAGAGCAAUGGCCAGACGAUCAUAGAGGAGAAGUAUGUUCAGUUGUCUGAUAGCAGAAUUACUCAAAGAAGUCUUGUUGAUGCGGUUUAUGCUUUGAAAGAUGAAGUCCAUGAAUUAAAAAAGGAGAAUAAAUGGAUGAAGCAGUGUCUGGAAGAGGAACAGAAGUCCCGUAAGGAGCUGGAGCGUGUAGUCAAGAAGUUGGCCAAGCAAAAGAAUGACUGUUCCUGGGAGGAAGGAGGUCACUAAAGAACACUCUGGAUGCUCGCCUGUUUCCCAUUGCCAUGCGCAUGUAUGUGUUUCUGUGUCUGUGUUUGUCCUCACAAAUGUGUUUUUAUGUGUUUUUCCAUCACAUUACACACUGAACAUUGCUUUUGGAAAGUCACCAUGUUGGGGAUUUUUAGCCAUUUUUCAUCAAAAGGACAAGAUCCGAUGAGAAUAU